AUGAACUUCGCGCCGUUUACCGGUCACAUCCCGUCCGGGACGGGCCUCCCGACGAUUCAUCAGUUCGCGGCGAAGUUCGGUUAUGAGGGUGGUGGUGGAGGCAGUGGCAGCGUGGUGCAGGAGACGCGAUACCAGGCGACGGGUAGCGGCGUGCAGUUCGCGGUGGCGCCUGCGGCCGGGGUCACGGUCGACGGGGUCAAGUUCAGGCAGGCGGAGAGCGUGGUCGUGGUCAGCAAUGCGCAGCCAGGGACCGUCACGUUGGCGGGAAUUGCGCCUAUACAUACUGUAAACACAGGUGUAAAAUAUCAAAGCAUUACCGCUACAUCGUCGACUGUAAAUGUAGGUAACAUCGCAUACGGCGGCGCGGGGCAGGUCGGCUACGUGCAGGAGACCGUGCUCAAGGGCGAGCAGCGGGACAAGCGCGAGUACCGGGAUGAACUGCACCACGACCUCAUGGCUUCUAUGAUGCAACAACAUCAAGUCUCCCAAGCACCCUUACAACAAGGCACUCAGCAGCUACUCGUGGUGCUGCACGAGCCAAAAGAAGGGGCGGCCCUCGCGCGCGCCAUCAAACAGGAAGGUCGCAUGCAGAGAGAAGUGACCAAUGCCCCUGCAGAGUUUAUCAGUAUAGGUGACGUAACGGACACAUCUACAUGGCAAAGCCUGGGCGGGGGAGUAGCGGACUACUUGUCCGCCUUGCCCCUGCCUUUGCAUCAUCUGCUAAAGUACUCCACCAGCCCCAGCGACGGCAAAAGAGAUGAACCCACUAUCGUCACUGUUGCCACCAACUCUUUGCCACCCAUGUCUACUCUAACAUCGGUUCCUACUAACGUAGUAAACAGCGUAGUGGUUCAGACAGCUACAAUAGUAAAUCCACCAACAAACAAUACUGUUAAUACAAAUCCGAACAUUAACACCAUAUCUAUUGCGAAGAAGAAGAAAAAGAAGAAAACUCUUAAGGAGAAAAAACCUCGACCAAAGCCGGGUGAAAUAAGAUUAACUACUGCUUUAGACGGUAGCACACUUUACUGUUGUCCAGAAUGUCACAUGGCGUAUCCUGAACGAGGCCUGUUAGAUCAACACCUUGUCGGGCACACUCUGGAGAGGAGAUUCAUCUGCGAUAUUUGCAACGCAGCGCUAAAGCGCAAAGAUCACCUCACGCGGCACAAGCAAUCACACAACCCCGAGCGGCCGCACGUCUGCUCCGUCUGCUUGAAAGCUUUCAAGCGCAAGGAACAACUCACGUUGCAUUUCAUCAUACAUUCUGGUGAAAAGCGACAUGUCUGUAAUGAGUGUGGGAAAGGAUUUUAUCGUAAGGAUCACUUACGCAAGCACACACGGUCACACAUAGCGCGACGAGUCAAAGCUGAGCUAUCUCAGCAAUCCACAACACCUCCUCUCUCACAGACGGCACCUGCGCCACCGCUAGAGCCGUCU